AGUUAACGCGAUAACAUAAAACGGGAAUUGAGAAGGCCGGGACUUCUAUUCAUUCAACAUUUCGGACAACUGGGAAGAUGACCACACCGGAUGUACGCCUCAAUCAUACAAUCUACAUCAACAACUUGAACGAGAAAAUCAAGAAAGAUGAGCUGAAGAAAUCUCUGUACGCAAUCUUCUCACAAUUCGGACAAAUUUUGGACAUCUUGGUCGCACGAAACGUGAAGAUGAAGGGUCAGGCUUUUGUCAUCUUUAAAGAGGUUAACAGCGCCUCUAAUGCUCUGAGAUCCAUGCAGGGGUUUCCUUUUUACGACAAACCCAUGCGCAUCCAGUAUGCAAAGCAGGACUCGGACAUCAUAGCUAAAAUGAAGGGCACUUAUGUGGAGCGUGACCGUAAGAAGGAGAAGAAGAAGCCCAAAGGACCUGAAACAGCUGGAGCUAAGAAGGGUGUACCAGGAGCACCUGCAUCCAUGGUUGCUGGGGUCCCUGCUGCCAUGCCUGGAAUGCCUCCAAUGAGCCAGGCUCCCCGCAUGAUGCACAUGCCAGGCCAGCCACCUUACAUGCCCCCUCCAGGUAUGAUGCCUCCUCCAGGGAUGGCACCUGGUCAGAUGCCUCCUGGUGCCCUGGCUCCUGGUCAGAUGAUGCCCGGGCAGAUGCCAGGACAAAUGCCUCAGCAGGUUGCAGAAAAUCCACCCAAUCACAUCCUCUUCCUCACCAACCUUCCAGAGGAGACGAACGAGCUCAUGCUCUCCAUGCUCUUCAACCAGUUUCCUGGGUUCAAAGAGGUACGUCUGGUCCCUGGUCGCCACGACAUCGCCUUUGUGGAGUUUGAGAAUGAAGUGCAAGCCGGCGCUGCACGAGAUGCACUGCAAGGCUUUAAGAUCACACAAACGAAUGCAAUGAAGAUUUCGUUUGCUAAGAAAUAACCACUCUCAGGACUAGAGAGUGGUCCUCUCACACACACACACACACACACAGGUCUUCUUUUAAAUCAGUUUUAGAAAUAUACUGGAUUGGUGGCUGAUUUUUUUUCCCUCCAGGAUUACAUGUAAGUAUACUUUAUUACCGUCAUGUUACUACUUUUUUUAUUGUGCUGCAGAAUUAUUUGCAUCCCAUUUUUACUAUUGCAGUUGGACUUUUGUUUUUGUUAAUGUCUGUCAUAAAGCAUUGCACCCAGAGUCUGGUCCACCAGACACUGUACCUGGAGCUUUUUCUUUUUUUAAAUAAAACUUGUGAUGAUGCUCUUCACAUAAAACAUA